AUGUCGGGUCAUACUGGUGGAGUUCAGGCUAAGCUUAAAGAAAUACAUCCUCAAGCUAUUUAUGUACACUGUAUGGCACACAAAUUAAACCUUGUGGUCAUUGAUAUGUGUAAACAUUUAAAGGACGCACGGAAUUUAUUUAAUGGCUUGGAAGCGUUGUAUGUUCAUUUUAGUCAACCUACGAAAAAUAAAAAAAUGACUGACAUUCAAGAAAAUCUAGGAGUUAAAAAAACAAAAAUCCCACAGUUAUCAGAUACUCGAUGGGUCUGCCGUUAUAAGAGUUGUAACUCAGUCAUCGCAAAUUUUAAACCUAUUCUAUAUAUUCUUGAUGAAGAAAUAUAA